UUUCUAUAUAUUUUGGUAUCAGGAUUAUACCAAUUAGAAUAAACAGCGUCUAUUUUACAUAUGUAGUUCUAAAAUAAUAAUAAUACUAGAAAUUUGAGAAAAAGCUGGAAAAUGACAAUGAAAUGUAAACAUAUUGUAAAAGAAGAAAACUAGUUAUAAUUACGAAAUUCACAUAACAUACUUUAAAAAUGAUAACAGAUGGUGAGCAAUUAUCGGAUGCUGAACUCCAGGAGAAACUAAGUGCUUUGGGAUUUCCUAAAGUAGCAGUAACAGAGACUACACGUGGUAUUUUAACGAAUAAAUUACUUAAAUCUAAACAAAAUGAAAUGAAGAAUACACUGCACAAUAUAAAGUUUAACGGUCUGUCACCAACGAAACGUAGGAGCAUAUAUAACCAAGAAUCAUCAAAUUCAUUUUCAGCAAAUCGUAAAAUGAGUAUAAGAAAUCGUCCUAUGACCGGUUCGGCAUACUCCUUGUACCAAAACGAUUCGUCAUCAAAUAAUUGUAACCAUAUGCAUACGAAUGUAGGCAAUAACAUUGAACAUAAUUUUCCAAGGGGUACAAAUUACUCAAUUCACACUACGCCAGAACAGAUUGUAACUACGCUUUCGGAACAUCAAAGUCAUGAAGGAGUAGUAAGCAGAUUGCUAAGUUUUCGUGACAAAACUUUUAGAAAACCGAAAGUAUGUGAAAGUCAUCAACACGUAUGCUUAUCAUUGUCGAAAGGAUCAAAUAAGUGCUUAAAUAAAUCAAAACGUACAUUUUACGAUUUUAUAUCCUAUGUUGGAACGCAAUCCCGCCUGAACCAAAGCUUUAGGCCAUAUUUAUUGGUUAGUUUUUUCGCAAUGUUUUUUAUUGUGUUGGCGUUAAUUUAUAUAUUGAAAAGUCCAAACAAUUUGGAUUUUGAUAACCUUCGAACUAAGGUAAUAAUAUGUGAGGAGACAAAAUAUAAAGCGAACUGCAUCCCAGCUGUUUACAUUGAUGGUACAAUUAAAUUACUUAAAAAUAUUCUGGAGAAUCUACAAAAUCGGUCGAAAAAAUUCCAUUGUAACAAUAAAAAGGUUGCUGUCGUCGAAACAGAUAUUAUUAAUUCUAUGGAUAAAAUAGAAUACUCUAAUGGAAUGCAGGGGUGGAAACAGAAAUUAUCCUAUGCAAAAGUUCUUAUAGAGGAAAACCCUCAAUGGAAAGUUGUAAUAAAUGAGGGACAAAAUACAAGUUUUUCUUUAACCAAUGAAAAUCUCUCGUCAUUUUGUAGAUUUUAUUCCAAAGUUAAGAGUUUCUUUGUAAUUAUUGGUAUUGGUUCCAUAAUAGUGACAAUUUCGGUUUCUUUAUAUAUGCUCUAUCGUAACAUAAAGGCGUGGAGAUUAAAUCGCUCUACUGUUAUUGAACAGUUUACCACAGAUAUUGUAAAUGAACUAAUUUAUAGAGCAUCAUUAAGUGAAGUCCCGGAAGAACGGGAAGUUAUUAUAAAUCAUCUCCGUGAUAAGUUAAUACCUUUAAAUAAGCGUAACGCUUAUUUGAAUUAUUGGAAAGAAGCAUUGAAAAUUCUCGAAAUAAACGAUAGCAGGAUACAAUUCGGACAAAAACUUUGUGAUGGCACAGAAUACCGCACUAUGACAUGGUUAAGCAAUGCAAACUCUAAUGCAACAAAUGGUUUACUUAAGAAAUGGCAAAGUCCGGCUUUUGGUUAUGCAAAUAAAAUAACUAAACCUCCCACAUCAUGCUUGAAAAUUCGUCAUAUGUUUGAUUCGACAGAAUCAGAUAUCUAUAAUUUAAAACAAAUAAUAGAAUCUGCUAUAAUAGAGAAAGUUGGAAACCGAUGUUGUAUUCAAGAAAUUCAAAUUGAUAAAAAAAGUUGCUGUGUUUAUGUCCGUUGUUGCAGUGAAUUUGAUGCAGGAGUGGUUCAUAACGAAAUAAAUGGCUGGUGGUUCGACAAGCGUUUAAUUUCGAUUAAAUUCUUACGGCUUCAAAGAUACCUAACACGUUUUCCAGAAAGUAAAAAUUCCGUGUCUGCGCUAUCACAAUAAAGCGUGUUUGAAAUUUUUGACAUUAUAUGUAUGUGUGUAUUUUCCUCAAUUUAUAUAUUUUAAUAAAACAACUAUACUAUAGUGUAGUUAUAUAUGUUUCUACAAACAAAACAAUAA